GCCCAUUCAUAACAAAGCCCUAAUAUAUCGAGUAAACCUAGCUCCACUCAAAACCUAACUAUAUAACCUUCACACACACUCAUAACCUCUUCCUCAUCCCCUUAAAAAACCCUAAGAGUAGAGACUCUCUCAAUCCCGGCGGCGAAGAUGAAGUACAACCCAAGAGUGACCUCUUCUCGCAGAAAGAACAGGAAGGCUCAUUUCACAGCUUCCUCCAGCGAGAGGCGUGUGAUAAUGAGCUCUCCUCUCUCCACCGAUCUUCGUCAGAAGUACAAUGUCAGAUCCAUGCCGAUCCGUAAAGACGACGAGGUUCAGAUCGUUCGUGGUACUUACAAGGGACGUGAAGGCAAAGUUGUUCAGGUUUACCGUCGCAAAUGGGUGAUUCACAUCGAGAGAAUCACGAGGGAGAAGGUGAAUGGAACAACCGUGAACGUUGGGAUUCAGCCGUCGAAAGUUGUGAUAACGAAGCUUCGUCUUGAUAAAGAUAGGAAAUCGCUUUUGGAGAGGAAGGCUAAGGGACGUGCUGCUGCUGAUAAGGAGAAGGGUACUAAGUUUACGUCUGAGGAUGUUAUGCAGAACGUUGAUUAAGUAAGAAGGAAGAAGAAAUCUUCUUGAAAGGUUUUAUCUUUUAGAGUUAUCUUCAAUCGCUUUUUAAUUUUCAAGUUUUGGAUAUUUUGGAAUGUUGUCAGUGGAUCUUUAUGGUGCUAGACAUGAGAACUUAUGUUUUGAUUUUGAGUAUUUGAAGUUUGGUUAUGGAAGUUUAUCUCUUUGUCUCAUUCUUUAUAAUGAUGUGUUUGUUUGGUUUAGCUUUUGAUUAUGUGUUGGAUGUGUGUUGAGAUUGGUGUUGAACUCCUGAUUUGACAUAGGAGUCUUGCGUUUAUCAGUCUAUUGCAGUAGAAUUGAUGAUAUUGGUCAUUUAUGUGGUGACUUAGUUGAAAUGAUUCUCUAGAGUAGUGUUCUUGGUUUAGGUUAUUUCGUUUGAUAGUGGGGGUUCCAUUUUUCGACAGUGGUUUUCAUUUUUGAACAUAUUGGAAUGACGAGUUUGUGUCUUUAAACGACAUAUCAAUUUAUCAGACCAAUCCUUUCGUCUCUUCACACUUAUCUCUGCAAUUUUGUGUUGUCUAAGACGUUUGUGGUAUAGGUUGAGUUCGAACUUGGUGGUUUUCAAUUGUAAUUUUUUGUUUGGCAUAAGCAUUACUGUGGAUUUAAAAGAAUUGCCACUCUGAU